CCUUCGUUUCCCGCUGCAUUCCGAGUUUUCAUCCUGUCCACCUUUGUCACAACGCAGCGACGCUCCAUCACAAAUGUCCGACGGUGAUCUGUCCAGCAAAUACGUUUUGCAGACCGCUGGGUUUGACGCCCGCUUCCCAAAUACCAACCAGACGCGCCAUUGUUGGCAAAAUUACACCGAUUAUUUCAAGUGUGUUGCGGCUAAAGGCGAAGAUUUUGCACCUUGCAAGCAGUUCAAGCGGGCCUACCACUCCCUCUGUCCUAACGAAUGGGCAUCUAAGUGGGACGAGCAGAGAGACAAUGGAACGUUCCCUGCUUCGCUGGAGCCUUGAUACUGUCUAACUGUACCAUGAUGGAACAUUUAAUAGUACCAGAUGUCUACAAAUGUCUAUCAUGUUAUCCAGUGAGCACAUGAUCACGUGAGGGAGUCGAUGGCGUU